CAUCACUGCUAGACAUGGCUCACAUGAUGGUUUGGCUAAUUCUAGCAGCUACGCUAAUCUAUUUCAGCUCAGCAACACCAUUCUUAUUGACUUCUAAACAAAGGAACAUCAGAGACGCCAAUGAUGGAAACCUUACUCAAGGACUGCGGAAUGAAACAGACAGAGAGGAUCAGCAGUUCCCACUUUACUGUGAUGCUGACAGUGUGAUUAUUGCAGUUUCUCCAAAUCAAUACACUGAUGUGUACCUGUUGAUAGGUGAUGAAAGUAAGAUUUCUGUCAGUCAGCUGUUGGAGGAAUGCAGUCAUGUGGAGCUGGAGUAUUCUUCUCUUAUUAGGAUCUUCUAUGAAGGCUGCUCCUUGUAUAAAUGGCUUGGCCAGGAGAAGCAGUACACUGUGACCCUGGACUACUUUGGCUCCAUACAAAACCAAACCUGUCCAUCUUCCACAUCUGGAUCAACUGAGUUUCCUGCUGUUAAGUGUGAAAGUGCCAACAUGACUGUAACGCUAGCUGCUAAGGAGCUAAAAGAAGCCAGAUUUGUUGAUCUGGAUCCUUCCUCUCUGGAAGAAACGGUCAUGACUGAGGAAUAUGGUUUAACACAAUGGACAAAUGGAGAAAACCUUGUUAUUCAUGUGGAGAAGCCCAUGCCUGAGAAUCAAGUAGUGCUUUUCCUUCACUAUGUUGAUUUAAUGGACGAGCUGUGCAUGGCAAGGGUGUUCUGUGCCCAAAAUCAUCUCAAACACCAGAGCAAAAGAGAGAUUCAUUCAAAUGAGAGUUCAAAAGAAAAUUCAUACUUUGUUGCAUCGACUCCUGAAGGUUCUACUAUAGGUAUUAUCACAUCUCCAUCAUCUCCUGGUGCUUCAACACCAACUGAAUCAUCAACAACUUCCAAUGCUGCAUCGACUCCUGAAGGUUCUACUACCGUUAUAACACCUCCAUCUUCUCCUGGUGCUUCAUCACCCAGUGAAUCAUCAACACCUUCCAAUGCUGCAUCGACUCCUGAAGUUUCUACCUCAGUCGUUAUAGUAACUACAUUAUCUCCUGGUGCUUCAACACCAGUGGUUAUAACAACUCCUUUAUCUCCUGCUGCUUCAACACCAAGUGAAGCAUCAACACCAUACAAUGCUGCAUCGGCUCCUGAAGGUUCUACUACAGUUACAAUCACACCUCCAUCAUCUCCUGGUGCUUCAACACCCAGUGAAUCCUCAACACCUUCAAAUACUGCAUCGACUCCUGAAGGUUCUACUUCAGUCAUUAUAGCAACAACAUUAUCUCCUGGUACUUCAACACCCAGUGAAUCAUCAACACCUUCAAAUACUGCAUCGACUCCUGAAGGUUCUACUACAGUUAUUAUCACAUCUCCAUCUUCUCCUGGUGCUUCAACACCCAGUGAAUCAUCAACACCUUCCAAUGCUGCAUCAACUCCUGAAGGUUCUACUACAGUUAUUAUCACACCUCCAUCAUCUCCUGGUGCUUCAACACCCAGUGAAUCAUCAACACCUUCCAAUGCUGCAUCGACUCCUGAAGGUACUACCUCAGUCGUUAUAGCAACAACAUUAUCUCCUGGUGCUUCAUCACCCAGUGAAUCAUCAACAUCUUCCAAUGCUGCAUCAACUCCUGAAGGUUCUACCUCAGUCGUUAUAGCAACAACAUUAUCUCCUGGUGCUUCAACACCCAGUGAAUCAUCAACACCUUCCAAUGCUGCAUCGACUCCUGAAGGUUCUACUCAGUCGUUAUAG